UAAUAACCAGAGCGAUUUGUUAUAAAAAUGAAAACCUUCCUUAUAACUGAAUCAUUUACAACAAAAUGUGACACCUGAUCCGGCUUGUUUUCAUUUUAUAUUUAAGUAAACAAUAGUGAAGUAAUACAUGUACCUCGUCGUACCCCAAUGGAGAUAACAUGACUAUUUCUUAUAUUGCUUUAUAAAUGGGGUAUUGACUUAUUAUAAUACUUAUAGAUAGGUCAUAAGGUGGGUCAAGUGUCUAAUUUUCGGACUACUGCAAAGUAGAAACUGUAAAUGCCGAUUUGAGGAUGGAUGGUACUCGAAGGAAGGAUGUUUAAGGUGGUUCUUUUGGGAGAAGCCGGUGUUGGUAAAUCCUCCAUAUUCUUACGACUUAAAGAUAAUGUCUUUGGGGAAUUUCUUCAACCAACUUUGGGGAUAGAGAGCUGUUCAAAGGUUGUGAAGAUUGAUGGUCAAAAUAUCACAUUUUGCAUCUGGGAUACAGCGGGAGCAGAAAGAUUUAAAACCAUCACCCGGAAUUACUACCGAAACACGCACGCUGUGUUCUUAGUCUUCAGCUGCAAUGAUCCGGCAUCUCUCCAUUACCUAUCACAGUGGGCAGAGGACUGUACCAACCAUGCCCCAAAAGCUUUAAAGUUUCUUAUUGGAAACAAGUCUGAUUUGGAAAGAUUAAUUCCCGUUGAAAAUGUAGAUAACUUCGCCACGGCUUUUGAUUGUGAAAAUACUUACUUCAUAAGCGCUAAGACAGGUUCUGGAAUUGAAGAAAGUUUCCAAAGAAUUGGCGAGAGACUCAUGGAUGUUUUCAAUACUCCACUUGUAAUUGAAUCUCAGUAUAAUGAAACUGUUGAAAUCACCAAAUUCCAAGCACCUAAGAGUAGCUGCUGUCAGUGACAACAUUUGUUUACCAUACAUUAGUUAAACUUCACAUUGAACUGAUCAUUACAUUCAGGAUGCAUGUAGUUUUUCUCCAUUUCAAAUAAACUGUAAUUCUAGGUAGUAUCUCAAAACAGUAAAGGUUUUGUUAGUAUAGGCACUCCUUUCCUUUAGAUGUACAGUGUACUAUCAAUUUUGUGAACAUCAACAUUAUACUUUUCAUAGUGUGAUAUUAUUAAAAAAAACUUUUUUCUUUUCUUUUUUUUAUUCUUGAAAUGAAAGGCAAUACAGAUUACCCUAUUUUUAAACAAUAGAUUUAACUCUCAGACAUGAUUAACAAACAGCGGUGAACAUAAACCAUGGAUGAUCAACCAAGGUUGUCAGUCUCCCCAUCAGCUGAUCAUGUCUUUUGUUGUUGCUGUUGCUUUAUUGCUGCUGUUGUUGUUGUUUAGGUUUUAGAAUUAAAUCUGUUGUUAAUCUUAAGUGUCAGUUAUGGUAAAUCGCACUCUCAAUUAGGAACCACAUUCUCCAGGUGUGGCUUAUGUGCUGCAAAAGUCUCCACACAAAAACACACACACUUCUUCAUCAUCAUCAUUUAUCAUCAUCAUCAUCUUCUUCAU